UUUGUGGGUCCAUAUAAGGAAUGUUAUUUGCUAAUGAAAGUCACUCCCAUCUGCGUGUCAAAGGUUCUGGGUGUUUCUGGCUGUUUGAACGAAGAACUUACAAUGUCUGGUCUCCGAAAAGCUAAGAAAUACGAUUGGAAAGACUCUAAUCUAGCCCUGUUUGGGUCUGACUUAGAGAAAAAUGUCAAGAAAGAGUCUGCUUCAGGAGAGCCAGCUUGGGAAGGAGCUGGAACCAAAGUUGGUAUUCAAGUUUGGAGGAUUGUUAAAUUUAAGGUAACCAAAUUGCCCAAAGAAGAUUAUGGGAAGUUUUUUAAUGGGGACUCGUACAUCGUUCUGCGCACAUACAAAAAAGAUCCUAACAGUGAGGAGUUGUCCUAUGAUGUUCAUUUUUGGAUUGGAAAAGAGUCAACCCAGGAUGAAUAUGGUACUGCAGCCUACAAGACAGUAGAGCUGGACACCUUUCUGGAUGACAAGCCAGUACAGCAUCGUGAAGUCCAGGGCCAUGAAUCAGCUUUGUUCAAAACCUACUUUGAUCCAUUUGUGAUGAUGAAGGGAGGAGCUGACACUGGUUUUAACCGUGUCCUGCCAGAGGCAUACUCACCACGUAUGAUGCAGUUCACCAGAGAAGGGAGGAAAGUGAGGGUUAUCGAAAAAGCCUUGAAAAGAGCCAACAUGACGGAUGACGAUGUGUUUAUUGUGGAUCUUGGUCUGGACGUCUAUCAGUGGAAUGGAGCUGGAGCCAACAAAGACGAGAAGUUUUCAGCUCAGCAGUAUGUCCAGCAACUUGAGUCUGAGCGUGGUGGAAAAGUCAAGUCCCACAAUCUAGACAUGCAAAGAGUAUMCCACAUGCAUCCUAAAUUGGAAACUGUCAUCCCAGAGGGAAAACCAAAGAAGGACAAGGUGGAUGGGGGUGCAAGAAAACACCUGGAUAAAGUGCUCAAUAAGGUUUCAGAUGCUUCUGGACGCUUACAGUGUGAAGAAGUUGGUCGUGGCUCAGCCGUGACUAAAAGUCUUUUGAACCCCAAAGAUGUGUUUAUUCUGUCAACUGACGAUCAUUGCUAUGUGUGGGUGGGAAGUGGGGCAAGUGUUGACGAGAGAAGAAAAUCUAUGGAGUAUGCCCAUAAAUUUUUGAUGGGCAGUGAAGAUCCUUUCCGUCCCAUCUCAGUGGUCAAGGAAGGAAAUGAAACUGACGACUUUCACAAGGCCUUUUAGACAUGUUCGAAGGGUAACGCAUGGAAACCACAGCAGAUUAUAGAAUCAUGAUCCUAACUAAACGCAGCGAUAACCCACARAUAUGACGACAAAUGCGACAUCAUAGAAGAAACAAGCUUUAUAAUUCUCUAUUUGAAAAAAAACUUUGAUAAUAAAUUUGUUUGCCAUUUAAGAA